AUGGUGUCUCUGUCUCAAGCGCAGCAAACCAACGCCUCGGCUGCUUCAAAGCUCCCAGCCGGUCUCGUCGCCGUCUUCGCUGGUGCAACAGCCGGUAUUGGCGAGACAGCUCUCAAAGCAUUUGCCAAAUAUACUACACAGCCCAAAAUCUAUUACAUCGGUCGUUCUCAGGAGGCGGGUGAUAGACUACAAAUUGAGUUGAAGGAGUUGAAUCCCGAGGGAGAAUAUGUCUUCAUCAAGAAGGACAUGAGCUUGUUGAAGAAUGUGGAUGAGGUUUGUCGGGAUAUCAAGAGCAAGGAGACAGUCUUGAAUGUCUUAUUCUUAAGUCGGGACACUAAGAAUCGGUGUUGGCAAGUCUUCCAUCGUCAUCCAACUGUUACUUUGCGCAUGCUAAUAGACUUAGAUACCGAAGAAGGGCUGCCUCUGGUCACCGGCCUAACCAUCUACUCUCGCAACCGUCUCACAGUCAAUCUCCUCCCACUGCUAAAGAAGUCACCGUCUCUUCGUCGUGUAAUAAGCGUCAUGGCUGGUACGCACGAGGGUAAGCUCUUCUCCGACGAUAUAGCAGCUCGCAACAUCCCCUUUACCAGCAUUCACAACUCCCGAGGGCACAUGUGCUCGGCCCUGACUCUGUCCUUGGAAGCACUGGCUCGUCAAGCACCAGAAGUUUCCUUCAUUCACAACUUCCCUGGCUCUGUUGAUACAAACCUAAUCCGCAGUGGAGACGGUUUCAUGAUGCAGGUCAUGAAGUAUUGGUUCAAGGUCAGCAUGACUGUGAGGAGACAGUGGUUACCUAAGGAGGAGUGUGGAGAGAGACAUGCGUGGUUGUGUUUGACUGGGAGAUAUCCUGAUAAAGAGGGCAGUGAGAAUGGCAUCAAAGAGGGAGAAGUUGCUGUUGGUACUGACGGGAAAAGGGGAAGUGGUGUCUAUAGUGUUGAUUGGGAUGGUGAGAGUGCUUCGGGUGAAGUUGUCAAGCUGCUCGAUGGAUUCAAGGAGGAAGGCCUUGUGGAAAAGGUCUGGAAAGAUCAAGAGAAAGAAUUUAUUAGAAUUACUGGUGUAACUUUUAUUUAG